AUGAAAAAUGUUAAAAGGAUUAAUUUGUCAUCUAAAAAAAGAGCAACUGCAGUCACAACGCGAAAAGAGGGCUAUAGUUAUAGAGCAAUUGUAGACAAAAUUGGAAGUGGUGUGACUGCCUCUGGGGUACGAAAAUUGUAUGAGCGUUUCAGAGAGACUGGCAGCAUUGAGAACAAACAUGGAAAAGGAAGAAAAAAAGCAACAACACCUACAACUGACAGAAUGAUGUCAAGACAAGCACUACGAAAUAGAAGAAUGACUGCAAAGGAAAUUAACAGCUCUCUUAAAGUUGCACAAAUAUCUGUUAGUGAUAGAACUGUUCGUCGGCGAUUGGUGAAUGCAGGUUUGAAAGCUCGAAUUCCAAGGAAAAAACCACUGCUCAACGCCAUUCAGAGAAAAAAGAGAGUAGAAUGGGGUUAA